AUAAACAAUAAAUGUUUUUAUUUAGUGUAGCCAACUAUUCAUAAAUUUAUACAAAUUAACUAUGAGUUCAACGACAUGAGUGGCGGUAGAAGAAACGAAGCUAUGAAACAAGUCAUAUAUGUGUUGUAAAGUAUUUUUUGCUAAUAUUUAAAAAUAUUAUAAUAUUAAAAUGAUACCAUUGGAAUAUUUACUUCUUUACAUUAUUUUAUUUCUAAUAAUAUGUAUAAUUAUGUUUUCUUUAACAUUAUUUAUAAUAACACAACCAUAUCCAGAAAUAUGGCGAGAUGAAAAAGAAAAAUAUUUUUUAAAUCUAAAAACAAAAAAUAUAGAAGCUUUUCCAUCUUUAUAUGAAAAAUGGAGUGUACAUUUAAGUGUUGUUAUACCAGCAUAUAAUGAAGAAGAAAGAUUGCCCCUAAUGUUAAACGAAUGUUUGGAAUAUUUGGAAAACCGAUUAAAAAAUGGAUGUACUUAUGAAGUAAUUAUAGUUAAUGAUGGAAGUUCAGAUAAAACUAUGGACAUUGCUCAUAAGUAUGCAAUAAAAUAUGAAAAUAUUAGAGUACUAAAUCUUGUUAAAAAUAGAGGAAAAGGUGGAGCAGUAAGAUUGGGUAUAUUAAGUGCAAGAGGAAGUGUAAUACUUUUUGCAGAUGCAGAUGGUGCUACAAAGUUUAAAGAUUUAGAAAAAUUAGAUAAUAGUUUGAAAAAUAUUUUAGGAUUUGAUUAUAUAACUAAACCAAAUGAAAUUAGUUAUUCUCAUGCAAUAGUAUGUGGAUCAAGAGCCCAUUUAGAAAAAGAAGAAACUGCCAAAAGAACUUUUUUCCGAUUGUUAUUAAUGCAUGGAUUCCAUUUCUUAGUAUGGUUUUGGGGUGUAAGAGGUAUUAAAGAUACACAAUGUGGUUUUAAACUUAUAACACGCGAAUCUGCAAGAGCUGUAUUUCAAGCUUUACAUAUUGAACGUUGGGCAUUUGAUGUAGAAAUGUUAUAUAUUGCAAAAAUGUUAAAUAUUCCUAUUACGGAGAUUCCUGUGAAUUGGACAGAAAUUGAAGGAUCUAAAAUUGUACCCUUCUGGAGUUGGUUACAAAUGGGGAAAGAUUUAUUUUUUAUUUGGUAUAAAUAUAGAAUUGGAGCAUGGAAAAUAAAAAGAUUUAAACAGAUGUAAAAACAAAUGCAACUCAAAAUAUUUAUAAAAAUUUUUAUU